CACAUGAUGUACACCACUGCACUAGCGUCGGAUAACGGUACUUGCAAGCGGCUUGACGAUUGCGAUGCAACCUGAUACACCCAUCAGGGUUGGCAGCCGCCCGUGACACCCUCUGCCAUUCUUCGCCAUCUAGGGUGGUGAAUAAGGCAAAGCGCGACCUCCUGAAGAGGUCUAAAAAUCAUGAGGAAUGCCUGAUUUGUAGAGAGGCCCAAAUUGAACCAGUUGAAUUCAUGUUGGCAGAUGGGCAGUAAUAUCCAUAUUCGUUUUUCUCAAGUUCUCUUCGACCGAGACUUAUUCAAAUAUAUCUUAACAGUCAUCGAGAAUGUCUCCGCGAGCCCCGCCUGAAGUCCGCCAGAAGACGGAAAGAGAUCCCGCCAACCGGCUCGAUGUCAUUGUUGUCGGAGCUGGUUUAGGAGGACUCGGGGCUGCUAUCUCCAUUCUCCUGGCCGGGCACAAUGUGACAGUGCUUGAAAGCGCCAGUGAGAUUGGAGAAAUAGGUGCUGGUAUCCAGGCACUACCCAACUCGACAAGAAUCCUCAUCUCGUGGGGUAUAGAGGAGAAACUCAAGAACAAUGCCACACAACCACGAUAUGUCAACAUGAUUGGCUGGAAAGGCAACCACCUGAGUCGGAUGGACUUACAUGCCUAUGCGAAAGCCAUAGGCACGCCAUUCUGGGAUUUUCAUCGUGCAAACUUGCACAAGUGUCUGUUAGACCGUGCCGUCGAGCUAGGUGCUAAAGUCAUCGUCAACUCGCGAGUUGUCGCGGUCGACUGCGCCGAGGACGGACUGUCAUCGACAGUGACGCUGAGCAAUGGCACUUCCAUGGCUGCGAAUCUUAUUGUUGGCGCCGACGGAAUUUCCUCUAGCCUGCGCGAGAUACUUCUCGGCAGACCAGAUCCACCAAAACCUACUGGAGACCUAGCCUACCGACUUCUUAUCAAUACCGAGGACAUGUUGCCGUAUCCCGAGCUCCGGGGUUUCAUUGAAGACCCUCAAGUCAACUAUUGGCUAGGACCGGAUAUUCACGCUGUGAACUAUGUCUUGAGGGGCGGAAAGCUUUUCAACAUGGUCCUACUGGUUCCAGAUGAUAUUCAAGGGACAGAAAUGAAAGUGGAGGGUUCUGUUGAGAAAAUGCAGGCCCUGUACGAGGGCUGGGACCCUCAAAUCCCUAAGCUGCUAAAGCUCUGCAAGUCGACAGAGAAAUGGAGGCUGUGCAUUCGUCCAACCCUCGAGCAAUGGACACACUCGUCUGGAGCAUUCACUCUCCUGGGAGACGCAGUCCACGCCACCUUACCUUACCUAGCUUCAGGUUUCGGAAUGGCCCUGGAGGACGCGUCCGUAUUGGGUCUUUGUCUAGAGAGGAUCAGCCACAAUUCACGAGAACAGAAGCUUUUGGCGUUAGACGUGUACGAACAAUGCCGUCGCGAACGGACCGAGAAGGUCGUCGCGCGCGGGAAUUAUCAGCAGCACUUGUAUCAUAUCCAUGACGGCGAAGAGCAGAGGGAAAGAGAUAAGAAGUUCAAGCACUUUGAAGAGCUAGAUCGACAGUGGAUCGCACAGGCGGGCUCUCAGCUAGAAGAGCGCUUUGAAUCUGGCGAUGAUCCCUUGCCGUGGAGGUACAAUGGUGUCGGAUGCUGGCUCUUAACGUACGAUGCCGACGAGGAUGUAGAGAGGAGGUGGCCGAAGGCUUCAACUGGCGGUGGAGAAAUGAGCACGAUGUUGUGAGAUGCUUAUGUGUAAAGAUGCUAGUAAAUCAUGCAAUUGAUCGACUGUUUUCGAGCUGCAGAUUCCAAUGGGCUUGGCCAUCUCUCUCUCCCACUUCGACAUGCGAAUAGCAGCUUUGAUAACAUUGGUACUACGCAAGAUAUACUGUUACAUAGCACAUGUCCC